AUACACACUCACACUUACACACACAGACACACACACACACACCACACACACACACGCACACACACAUUUACUCACUCUUCCUCUUGCUGUCUAUUUCUGUCCCACACACACACUCACUCAUUCACAUACCUCCUCUCUCUCGCUCUCUUGCACACACACACACUCGCACAAAAUCUCUCAAUCUCCCUCUUAGAACCAAACCCUUUUUCGUCUCUGUUCUUUCUGCCCUCCAGAGUGAUGACUCACGGUCCUCUGAGGGGUGGCCAGACCCAUCUCGACCUUUGACCUCCACACCCACUGACGCCCAUGCUGGCACACGCCCCCGACGCCAAGAAGACCUAGCCUGCUUGCCAUCCGAGGCCCGUGCCACGUCUCACGUCUCUGUGUGUGUGUGUGCGCGCAUCUUACACAUUACAAAACCAUGGGCACCCUGGGUGAGGGUGUCGGGGGAGGCGGCGUGGACCCGGUAGCGGUAGGCCAGGCGGUUCUGGAGGCCCUGUGCCCUGAAUGCGGCCAGAUCCACCGAGCCUGGGAGAACCACCUGUACAACUACCGGCUGGAGGUGGACGAAGACCUGGUGUGCCACAUCUGCCUGCAGCCGCUAGUGCAGCCCCUGGACACGCCGUGCGGUCACACCUUCUGCGCCCGCUGCCUGCGCAGCUUCCUGCAGGAGCGUGACUUCUGCCCGCUGGACAGGGCCCGGCUGCAGCUGCAGGGCUGCCGGCGCUCCAGCAUCCUGGUGCACAAGCUGCUGGACAAGCUGUCGGUGUCGUGCCCGCUCACGCCCCUCUGCCAGCUCAGCAUGCCGCGCUGCGACCUGGAGGCCCACCUCAAGCACAGGUGUCCAGGCACACAGAGCCAGAGGGCGGCGUUGGACCCUCCCAGGCUGGAGUGUGUGGAGGAGAGGGCCAUGGUGACAGACCCUCCCCGUUCACCGCAGACCACGCUGAGGGACGCCUCGCCGUCGCCCCCCGGAGGCCCCACCACCUGCAGCAGUGUGCCCAUGUGGACAGAGGAGUCAGGCGUAGACAACCCUGCCUUUGAGGAGAGCACGGAGGAAGACAGUGUGGUGGGGUUAGAAUGUGCUCCUCCGCGUGUGAAACGCCCACUCAGCAACCCCUGCAUCCACCUCCUACGCACGGGAAGCUCCGCCUCUUCUGGGUGGGACUGUGCAGAGUCCCCGCCUCUCUCAGCAGAGGAAGGGUGUGUGAAGCUGCCCUCUCUCCCCGAGGGGGAGAUAACCACCAUUGACAUUCACCGCUCCAACCCCUACAUGGAGCUGGGGAUCAGUAUCGUCGGGGGCAACGAGACCCCCCUCAUCAACGUGGUGAUCCAGGAGGUGUAUCGUGACGGGGUGAUUGCUCGUGACGGAAGACUGUUGGCUGGAGACCAAAUAUUACAGGUGAAUAACACGGACAUCAGUAACGUGCCCCAUAGUGUGGCUCGCACCACGCUGGGCCGGCCCUGCACCACCCUCCAGCUGACGGUGCUCCGAGAACGCCGCUGCUCCGCCCGCCCUCCCCGUCUGGCCCGAGUUGCCCCCGUGCCUGUCGCCACCCCCACCCCCACACCGCCUCCUGGUGGCAGCGGCGGCAGCAGCAGCAGCAGCGGUGGUGUUGGUGGCGGCGGCGGUGGCGGAGGGGGCAACAGCAGCCCGGCCAGCCUGCGCAUCACCCUCCACAAGCGGGACUCUGCCGAGCAGCUGGGCAUCAAGCUGGUGCGGCGCACGGACGAGGCGGGUGUGUUUGUGCUGGACCUGCUGGACGGGGGGCUGGCCGCCAAGGAUGGGAGACUGUGCCGAGACGACCGCGUGCUGGCCAUCAACGAGCACGACCUCCGACACGGCACGCCAGAGCAGGCUGCACAGAUCAUACAGGCCAGUGGGGAGAGAGUCCAUCUACUGAUUGGUCGUCCUAGCAAGCAGACCACACCCCUUCUGCCUGGCUCCAAUGGCGUGAGAGAUAGCUGGUGCCAUGACAAUACCCCGCCCCUCCCCCCCACAGCGGCCCCUAGCCCUGUGCCCAGCCUGCAAAUGGUCCGGCCCAGCGCUCACAGAGACCUCUCCCAGUGUGUGACCUGUAAGGAGAAGCACAUCACGGUGAAGAAGGAGGCGCACGAAUCCCUGGGCAUGACCGUCGCAGGGGGGCGGGGCAGCAAGAGCGGCGAGCUGCCAAUCUUCGUGACGAGUGUCCAGCCCCACGGUUGCCUGGCGCGGGACGGGCACAUCAAGCGAGGUGAGGAUGAUUUCACUGCCGCGUUGGCACGCUGGUGCGUUGGCACGCUGGCGCGUUGGCACGUUGGCGGUGUGUCCGCUGCCAGAGCGCCAGGAUCUGCAGAAAAGCUGCAGUGACGUUCUCCCAGCUCCAGGGUGUCCUGUGUUUGACCUCGGCAGCUUGGAUGCUGUUUAGUUCAGUCAGAUGCUCCAGUUUCCCCCCACUGGUGCUCCACGCCCCCCAAAGUGUUCUAUAUUUAAGCUGU